UAUAUUUUCUAUAAAUUUAGAGUUUAUAUAACAUAAUAUGGUAAAAAUGUAGAAAUUACUAGUCUUGUCGUUGGGUAACCAUAUAUUGAAUAACAUAGUACCACAAAAAUAUUUUCCAGGCGAAAUCUUACUUAAAUUGAAUCAUGUAUGAUAGAGCUCCAAGACCAACAGCUAACUAUCUUGUUGGUAGUACAAAAGACAAUGUGGGUCCAGGUACGUACGAUCCUCGUAUACCAAGCGCAAAGUGGCUGAAAGCAGAUGGAUAUGCCCCAUUCUUAUCAAUGUCUGGGAGAGAGACUAUGUUUCAUGUUGGUGACUCGGUCAUGGCCGCCCCUGGUCCAGGAGCAUAUGAUCCUAAGAAUCCUCAAUUCUCAAUAAGAGGUGGUCGCACUCUGGCUAACCAAGAACGCAGAUUUGCUAACAUAGCAUCAGAACAUCGCAUGACUCCAGGCCCUGGAAGCUAUAAUUUAUCAAAAAAACAUGACUGGAUAAAAACUGCGCCAACUCCUGCAGCGCAGAUUACCGAUGAUCCACAAAAACAUCAUAAAGUAAUUAUCACAAGCAAGGUAAAAUACCUACGUCAGCCUGAUGCUCCUUCCAUUCCAAGUCCUGGACAAGCAUAUGGGUAUGAGGAGACUGAUGAUGGCACACUUCAAAAACAGUCUCCUCCACAGAAAGAUAAAACAAUGGGUCCAGCAUACUAUAACCCCAAACAAGUAGACACUGUUACCACAGCUAAAUACAAAGGGGUCCACUUUGGAGCACUAAGGUCAUCUCGAAUAAAAUUUUCUGGAAAAACAGGGCCUGGGCCUGGUGAUUAUAAUCCUUUCAAAGAUGGUGAAGAUAAGUCUCAAACUAACCUAAUUCAGCUGGUAAAUCCAGACGGUAAAAAGUUUGAAUCUAGGUUGCCAAGAUAUCAUGAAAUUGUAGCACAAGAAGAAGAAAAAAAGGCUGUUCCUGGGCCUGGCAAGUAUGAUAUAUCUGGACAGUUCGCAAAAAAGCCAGCACCCGUAAAUACAGAAGGACUUGAAGUAGAGCAUCCACCCUUCAUGUCUCAAGCUAAAAGAUUUGACAAUGAUUCAAAAAUCACUCCUUCGCCUGGGGCAUACAACGACCCAAGAAAUGCCUUGGAAGCACUCAAAAAAAUAACAGGAAUGAAACGAAGUCCUUUCGGACAAACGGCAGUUCGGUUUCAUACUGAGACAAAGACUAAACAUACACCAGGACCUGGAGCUUACAAUAUAUUCAGUUAUGGGGUGGCACAGGAGAGCUUGAAGAAAGCCUAUUUGGAGAGCACUCGAAGGGGCGCUUUCGGUACUACUUCUUCAAGAGUUAUGCCUGUUAUAAAAAGGCAACAAGUUUCAAUCCCUGGGCCUUCACACUAUCAGCCGAAAGAUCGACCUGAGGAACGAUAUAAAAAGCAACUAACAUCUGCUUUCUCAUCUUUGACUGAUCGUUUGCACUCACCAGUUGCUCAAACUUUGAAAGAAAAUCCUCCUCCGGGCUCAUAUGAAGUGGCACAUUCCUUUAAGAAAACACAGGACAAAAGAAAUUCAAUGCAUCCGAGGACAAAGGCAGCUCUUCAGCGAAAUAGGGCAUUCUUAUCAUCAUCGGACCGAUUUGCACCGCCUCGUGAUAUUGUGAUACACCGACCAGAUAGUGAGGUUCCAGGUCCAGGCACAUACAAUGAAGAAUCUCCUAAAAACAAAGUUGCUCUAGCUCUGAUGGUCACGAAAGAUGAACGAUUUAAGCAACAUAAAAAAGAUGAAGUUCCUGGCCCUGGUGCUUAUGAACUCAGUCCAUUGUUAGCCAAUACAAUUUUACAAGGAACCUUCAAUGCCACAUUACACAACCCAGUCGCACCUGCGAUUGAUACGGGUAGAAUUUCAACGAAUAAGCAGGCUUUUGUGUUGGGUGUUUAGCAGUGAAGCCAUAAUAUACUUUUUAUUUGAUUACUUACUUCUAUUUGUUUUCUGCUUAAAAUACUGUAUUCAUCUCUUAUUAUUAGUGCUACCUAGGAGAGUGCUUCAGAUCAGUUCUAUCGGUAAUGGACAUUCUUUUUUUAUUACUGUAGUUUUCCGACUGUAUCAUCACUGAACGAAUGAAAUAAAUAAACCUAACAUUACUCCUAUUACAUUCUUUUUUCAUUACUGGAAUAUUCUGGGUGCAUCAUCACUAAACGAAUGAAAUAAAUAAACCUAACAUCACGCGUAA